ACAUCACAUAGUAGAACAUCACAUAGUAGAACAUCACAUAGUAGAACAUCACAUAGUGGAACAUCACAUAGAACAUCACAUAUAACAUCACAUAGUAUAACAUCACAUAGUAUAACAUCACAUAGUAGAACAUCACAUAGUAUAACAUCACAUAGUAUAACAUCACAUACUUUCCGACGGUACGACCUCCGGUUCCUGAGAGACGCGCCAAAUAAUGUGAGGGAUCUGAGCCGGAGUCCCAUCUUCUGUACUGAGGGGGCGGGUUAG